AUGGUGCGCAUCAUCAUCAAGGGCGGCGUCUGGAAGAACACCGAGGAUGAGGUGCUCAAAGCGGCCAUUGCCAAGUAUGGCAAGAACCAGUGGGCUCGCAUCUCCUCUCUCUUGGUCCGCAAGACGCCGAAGCAAUGCAAAGCUCGUUGGUACGAGUGGUUAGACCCCUCCAUCAAGAAGACGGAAUGGUCCAAAACCGAAGAUGAAAAGCUCCUGCAUCUUGCGAAGCUUAUGCCCACGCAAUGGCGAACCAUUGCGCCUAUCGUGGGACGUACAGCGACCCAAUGCUUGGAGCGCUAUCAGAAGUUGCUGGACGAGGCGGAAGCGAAGGAGAACGAGGAGCUGGGAUUGGCGGGGCCGGGCGAUUCGGGGCCUGCUGAGGACGUACGCAAGCUCAGGCCAGGGGAGAUAGACCCGGACCCGGAGACGAAGCCGGCUCGUCCGGAUCCUAUCGACAUGGACGAGGAUGAGAAGGAAAUGUUGUCCGAGGCUCGUGCUCGUCUGGCCAAUACCCAAGGAAAGAAGGCGAAGAGGAAGGCCAGGGAACGUCAACUGGAGGAGGCGAGACGACUCGCUGUUUUACAAAAGAAGCGAGAAUUGAAAGCGGCUGGCAUCAUAAUGCGUUCAAAGACGAAGAAGAAGGGUAUGGAUUAUAACGCCGAUAUACCAUUCGAGAAGAAGCCCGCGCCCGGAUUUUACGACACCUCGGACGAGCAAGCGAGAAUCACGUCUGCGCCCAUCGGCCAGAGCUUACGUCGUCUCGAGAACAAGCGCAAACCGGAAGACGAGGAGGCGGAAAGGAAAAAACGGCAGCGACGGGAUGGGAAAGACGGGGACAAAGCCCCGCAUCAGACCAAAUUCGUCGCAGCGCGGGACGCGCAGAUUCAAAAACUGAAGGAGGCAGAAGAGAUCGGUAGGCGACGAAAGCUGGUUUUACCGAGCGCGCAGGUCGGCGAGGCCGAGUUGGAGGACAUCGUCAAAAUUGGGCAAGCGGGUGAGAGCGCGAAGGCGUUGGUCGCGGGUGGCUUGGAUGCUACAGGAAGACUUCUGAGCGAUUAUGAGGGCCUGGAGCGGGCGAAGAUGGCACGGACACCGAGGACUGCUCCUCAACACGAUAAUGUAAUGGCUGAAGCGCGAAAUCUCAGAAAUAUGACCAUGGCACAGACACCCCUGCUUGGCGACGAGAACACCCCCAUUCACGAAGGUCCUGGAGGCGGGACUGGGUUUGACAGUGCCACGCCUCGUCAUCAAGUUGCAUUCACACCCAAUCCUCUUGCAACACCCCGCGACCCCAGCGUUGAUCCAUCCAUGACCCCCCGUACGGACGGCGGCAUAUCCGCUACUCCUCUACGCACACCCAUGCGCGACAGCUUGAGCAUCAAUCCUGGCGAUGGCAUGACACCGGCGCACAACGGUGUACCUUCGGACCAUCGGCUCAGGGAAAACCCCAUCAAACGUGCUCUCAAGGCAGGAUUCAUGAACUUACCGAAGCCCGAGAACAAUUUCGAGCUCCUAGUGCCAGAGGACGAGGAAUUGGAUGACGCCGCUGCCGGUGGUCCUCAAUUGUCCGAGGAGGAUGCUGCGGAGCGCGACGCGCGGAUUAAACGGAGGCUCGAGGAGGAACGGAGCAAAGAGCUCGCGCGUCGAUCUCAGGCUGUUCGACAGGAAUUGCCCCGACCGCCAAACGUCGAUAUCUCGAAGCUAAUGGAGGAUCUUACUGUGGAUGAUACAGAAGCGGAGCUUGCACCUGCGUUGCAAAUGGUACACGCGGAGAUGGCGAGGCUAUUGGAACACGAUUCCAUUGCCCACCCCGUGCCCGGCACAUCACGACCGGGCGGCAGUACUUCUCAAUACAGCAUGCCGCCGGACGAGUAUAUCGAUCUCGCAAAAGCUGCAGUGCAGACCGAGUUAGCUACGGCGCUUGGGUUCCCCGACGCGAAGCUGGAUCAGAUCCGACAAGGCCUUGCUGCCACCACCAAUUGGGAUGAAGUACACGAGUCCGAGUCUUGGGCAAAUGUUCGACCUCAACUAGUGUUGGACCCUGCUACCAGGCAGUGGGUGGAAAAGGAGAAGCUGCCCCUCGAGCAGCGCAUUUCCGGUUACACCUCCUUGCUCGAGGAGAGCCGCGAAACUAUGGCGAAGGAAGCCAGCAAGACGACGAAGACGGAGAGAAAGCUUGGCGUCACCCUAGGCGGGUAUCAGGCCCGGUCUACGGCGUUGGCGAAGAGGGUCACCGAUGCGUUCGAGGAGUUGCAGCGUGUCAAGAUUGACUACGAGAGCUUCGCCCGCCUGAAGACGCACGAGGAGAUCACGGGGCCUGAACGUGUCACCGCUCUCAAGGAAGAGGUCGAGCGAUUAGAGAGGAGGGAGAAGAUUUUGCAGGAGAGGUACGCGGAGCUCGAGGCGGACAAGAGAGAGACGGACGCGAGGGUCGCCUCAUUGGAGGAGAGGAUCAUGUUGGAGGCCGAGGCGAUGAACGAGGCGGCUCUUGCUGAGAUGGAGGCGCAAGGAGGCGCGUAA